ACCAUAGACUUGAGCGCCAUGCUCACGUCCUGUGACUUGGACGAUUCCAUGUUCUCGCUCAACAUGGGGGUGGACUUCGACAACGAUGACGGAGUUGUGACCCAGGCCGACAUCGAGGAGCUCGAGAGGCGCGAGGCCGCGGUGAAGAAUGCGCUGUAUGACACCAUGAAGACUUCCUUCGGCAAUCUUAAGGAGAAGCGCAAGAAGCAUCGCGAUUCGUUGGCGGCGCUCCGCGAGAGGAACAUCCAGAGGAGGAAGACCACGCCACUUCCUGGCAGUGGCGGAGGGGCUCAGGUGGCGGCGCCAGUGGCCCAGGAUCCAGCGGCCCCACCUGGGAGACAAGGCGGAAGGGGAGCAGGCGUCAGCGGGCCCAAGCCAGCCUGGCUCAGGGGCCCCAGCCCAGCCCCAGAGUCUGCCAACUCAGAGGCAGGUGGCGCCGACGCGGUGGCGCUGAAGAUGGGCGCCAUCGCUGCGAAGCUCGGUGGGGAGGCCGAGGCCGUGCGGGACCGUGCUCGCAUGGAGGCGGCGGAGCG